AUGGCAAACACGGACGAUGACCCUUUCAAAAACACUGGCAAUCCCCUGGCGCCUUUGAUACAACUUCAGUCAAAAGAUCAUGAAGAGAUCCUCAACGUCAUUGACCAACUGAGGUCGGAAGGCAUCAGCAAAUACGUCAACCUUCCCCAACUGAUUGUGUGUGGUGACCAGUCAUCAGGCAAAAGCUCUGUGUUGGAGGCCAUCUCAGGCUUAUCAUUCCCGACCAAGGACAAUGUUUGCACCCGUUUCGCUACUGAGCUCAUUCUAAGGCGCUCGCCGAAGGUGGGUAUCAAAGCCUCUAUUCAUGCUGACGAGGAACGACCAUCAGCCGAGCAAGACCGCAUCCGAGGGUUCAAGUCGUCAACAAUCGAGCUUAAUGAUUUUGCGAGCAUUGUCAGAGAAGCAGAACGAUAUAUUGGCGUCGGUCAAGAGGGCCAUCUCUUUUCAAAGGACGUCCUCCGCGUAGAGGUUUCAGGACCCACACAACCUCAUUUGACCCUUGUUGACCUUCCGGGACUUUACCAUGCGCCUGACGAGUUCCAGAGUGCAGAGGGGGUUGACUUCGUGGAGUCAUUGGUCUUGUCCUAUAUACGGAAUAAGCGCAGUGUCAUCCUAGCAGUCAUCUCCGCCAAAAGCGACCUUGCGCUACAAAAAGUUACCGCUUUUACGCGCAAAGUCGACCGAGUGGGGAAUCGAACGAUGGGUAUAAUAACGAAACCAGACACUCUGCCCGAGAAUUCUGAAAUGGAGCGAUCUUUUUAUGACCUAGCCAUGAACACUCGACUCACAUUCCGACUGGGAUGGCAUGUCCUUAAGAAUCGAGAGCAUAAAGAGCAGCACUUUUCUCUCCAACAACGUCAUGAAUCCGAAAUGAGCUUCCUAGCGCAGGGAAUCUGGGCCGCAAUGCCACGCUCUCUGGUUGGUGUCGAUUCCUUGAGACCUAGGUUGAGUACCGUGCUCAAGGAUCAUAUCAUAUCGCAGCUACCAGGUCUCAUUGCUGAAGCUCAACAGUCACGCAAAGUCGCAGAAUCUGCCUUGCAAAGAUUGGGGAAAGCACGACAAACAUUGGCUGAUCAGCGCCGAUACCUCCUAGACGCAAGCGACCGUUUCACGACUCUCGUAGGCCAUGCCAUAAGUGGAAUCUACAUCAGCUCCUUCUUUGGGGAUGCUAUGGAGGAUGAAGGCUAUGAGAGGAGAUUGCGCGCCGUGGUUCAGAAUCGGCUAACUGAUUUGGCCCAGACAAUGGAAGAACAGGGGAUGCAAAGAAAGAUUAUCGAUGACGCGGAGGAGAUCGACUCUGAAGAGAACCAAAUUCUCCGUCCUGACUUUGUCGACGAAGUUAAACAACGAAUGCGUCGAAGUCGGGGACGAGAGUUGCCUGGGACAUUCAACCCUCUUAUCAUAGGUGAUCUGUUUUAUCUGCAGAGUAGACCAUGGGAAUCGAUUGUGGCCGACUGCAUCGACAACCUCCUUGGGGACGUCCGGAAGGCCAUAAUCCCCAUGCUAUGGGACGUUUUGGACGAAAAGAGUUUCAGAGGACUUCUGGAACAUGUGAUUAAUCACGGUAUCGAAAAGAUCGAAGAAACGUUGCGCGUCAAAACAACCGAGCUCCUGAAGCCUCAGCAAUCGGGGCACCCAAUAACCUACAAUCACUAUUUCACAGAAAGCGUCCAAAAGGCCCGUGAAGAGCACCUCUGCAAAUAUUUGCGGGCGAAACUCAAGGAAUUUUUUGGAUCAAAUUAUCCACUGUACGAAUCGAUACAACAGAAACAAACGUUCAGAAUGGAUGAGUUGAUUGCUGCACUCGGAACCCAAACAGAAGCCGAUAUGGAACGUUUCGCAGCUUCUGAAGCGAUCGACUGCAUGCUAGCUUACUACAAGGCGAGUCCUGUCGUUCACUGGGCUCUUUUGUUUUCCUUCGAUGCACUUGCUGACAGGCUGAUGACCGAAAGGUUGCGAGAAAGAAAUUCGUGGAUGAUUUCAGCAUCCUUGCCGUCGAAAAAUGUCUUCUGGAUAGAUUGGCUGUCAUUUUUUGUCCAGGGGGUGUCGCACUGCUAUCCGAUGACACCAUCAAGGCAAUUGCCGAGGAAGAUGAGGGAUCUAGGAUUGAGCGCAGGCGACUGGAACAGAGGCUGA